UAUUCCACCCGUGUUUAAUUUUAAUUCCAAUUUUGUUCCGUUUAUUGCUCUCUUUAAGACGACGCAGUUUUUGAUGAACCAGCAGACGUUUGAUUCCUGACCUGGCCGGUCUAUCGCUAUGCAAGGAAGUUUGAUCUGUUCUGCCCCCGUCUUUGUACUGCUGAUGAGAUUACAAGAGCAAUCUCAUCAGCAUCCUGCCAUUGUACGUUUCAAGAAAAAGAUCAAAGAUCAAAAGAUCAAACUUCUAUACUAAAAACUUUCGAAAGAUCGGAAUCAACGAUAGUUUUUUGAAGAGGAUUUUCACUCAAUAACAUUGUAGUACUAGUUGUUUUUAUAUACUGUCAAAGAGUUUAGCCCGUAAAAUUAUUACACUAAUAAUCACAAGGAAUUUUGUAUUCUACUUACACGUUGCCAUCUACUGCUGCCCAUAAUCUUCUAGUCGCCAUGGCUAACGUCACUGCUAAAACCGUGUCUGAGUUGACAACCAAAGCGUUCCUGGAUCUCACAGUCAUCAAACACAACAGCUCCCUCCACGGGGGAGAGGAUGACGGGCUGACACCCAAACACUACACGGACCAGCUGUAUCUGCUCGUCUUUGGGAUCAUGAUCGUGUUUAUGGACGUAGGCUUUGGUCUGAUUGAAGCAGGGAGUGUGAGAACAAAGAACACAACACACAUCUUGAUCAAGAACAUUCUUGACUCGCUUGCCGCCGGCAUUGCCUACUGGCUGUUUGGCUUUGCUCUGGCCUUUGGCUACGGCAAUGAGUUUGUUGGCUGGACCAACUGGGCCAUGGCCGGGCUGGACGACUCGAAGAUCGCCUUCGCUUUCUACCAGGCCAUGUUCGCCUCCACCGCCACCACCAUCGUGGCUGGGGCCGUCACGGAGAGGUGUGAGUUCAUCGCGUACCUGCUAUACAGUUUUGUGCUUACAGGAUUUAUCUACCCUGUUGUGACCCACUGGGGCUGGGCAUACCAGGGCUGGCUUUUCAAGGGACACAACUUUAACAUUGAUGGCAAACUGGUCAAAGUUCAUUAUGAGGAUUUUGGUGGCAGUGGUGUGGUGCAUUUAGUUGGAGGUACAGCCGCGCUGGUAGCUGCCAUUAUCAUAGGACCCCGCAUUGGGAGGUUUGACAAGGACACGGGGAAGGUGAACUACAUCAAAGGACACUCUGUUGCUCUGGCCACCAUCGGUGUCUUUGUUCUACUCUUUGGGUUCAUGGCUCUGAACGCGGGGGCCCAGCACCACAUCAGCUACCCCGGGGACGCCUCUGCCAUCAGUCUGGCUGUCUUCAACACGCUGAUCGCUGCCAGUGUGGGGGGAUUCGUCUCGCUCUUCACCCACAGAAUUGGUUUGUUUGGAAACAGCUGGAGCAUUCAUGCAGUCAUCAACGGGGCCUUCGCUUCAAUGGUAGCCAUUUGCGGGGGGUGUAACUCAAUGAGGCCAUGGGGCGCCGCCAUUGUGGGCGUGGUGGCGAGUUUUCUCAUGAAGGGAAUAGAACAGCUUCUGUUUAAACUGAAGAUCGAUGACCCUUUAAACGCCGUCGGAAUUCACUUUGGAGGCGGUGCAUGGGGCAUUAUAAGUGUGGCUUUCUUCAAGUACGAUACUGGUAUCGUGUUGGCAUGGAACAAACAGUCAGGGGCGAUGCUGGCCUGGCAGCUGGCAGGUGUUGGUGCCAUCGUUCUGUGGACAGGGGUUCUCACGUUCUUCUUGUUCGGGGCCCUUAGACUCUUGGGAAUCUUCAGGGUUUCUGAAGAGGUCGAGAGGAAAGGCCUAGAUAUCACCAGACACCACCAAAACGCCUACCCGCUUGAGUCCUACGGCUACGGUCACCUGCACAUCAUGGCUGUCGGAGACAACGGUAACCCCAGCUCCAUCGAGCAAGGUUACGUUAAUAAGGUGUUUGUGACGUACGAGGGUCACCAUGACCCAUCGGACAAGCACGCCAACGGUAUCCAAAGUAUCCACACUGUACCGUCCUUCAUUGAGCUGGAGCCUAUCGACGACAACGACCUUCAGUCCCUGGACAAGGUCCGUAUCCGGAAGUUGGAGUCCAUAGAAGGGGAGGCUAAUCUCUCAACUAAGAAUAAAGUCAAGCAGUUAAUGCCGCUGUUGUGGAAAAAGGGAAAGAAUAAAGGAGAUGGGGGUAAAUUAGGGGACGUUAUUUCAGCUCACACGAUUGAUAUCGAAGCUACCAAAGUUUAAUGUGGGUUUUGAUUACAAAAUGGUUUACAAAUUAUACUGUUAAAGCAGUAGCGUAAAUACAAUUAAAAUUUUUGAUCAUACCUGCGACUAAUUUGUUCUGGCCAAUCUAGAUGACAAUUUUAUUUUUAAACAAAAAGAUGCGUGAGAAUAAGAUGAAUGGGAACGUUAACUGUUGUAUAAUUAAUACAGAAUAAGGUUUUUUCAUUGGCCACCACCCGCUAUGGCUUGCCUUACCGAUAGGCGCCAACCAUUGUACCGCUCCUUGCCUGGUACAAAGGAAAUAAUGGGAUACAUCAGACUUGAAGAUGGCAACAUAUCAUGUUACUACCCAUAGUAGGGCUGAAAUUAGUUUGGGGUAAUGUUUGUGCUGUUGAUUAUAUUCCAGAUUUUGUUUUGAAGACACCACUAUUUCAUGUUUUUUUGCAUUUUAUAUAAUUGCUUUUUUGUGUUGAUUUUAAAUAUUUUAUUUUCUUUAAGCAUUUAUAUUUAUAAAUUAUUUUCAUGUCUUUUAUAAUUAAUAAACUUUACAAAUUA